AUGAGGUCUCUUAACGCAACGGCAAUGUUGGAAGAGGAGGACAAGCAGCUUGGCAAGAGGGACAUUCCCACAACCUCUCGCCACUUCAACGCAAAUGGCUUCCUACGCUCUCUCAUUGUCUUAUGUGCGCACAAUCGGUUGAAGAGACCCUUGGCCCUCUCCACCUUCCGCAGUGUCUUUGCCUGCUCUCUGGAAGGUCAGCACUUUGAGCCCUGCUGGGUUCGUUAA